UUGAAUAGUUAUUUGAAUGGUAUAGCUAGUUCGUCGAAUGUUGAUCGUUUUCGGACGUUGAACCGACACUUGCAGACAUCCAAAGGUCUGUACCAAAGUGAGGCGGGUGCAAGUGCCGAAGACCCCCAAGAAGAGGUGGUGAAUGUGGUGUACAUAGAUAGAUCAGGACAGAGGAUUCCAGUGAAGGCUAAAGUGGGAGACAAUGCAAUGUACCUGGCCCAUAGGCACAACAUUGAACUGGAAGGAGCGUGUGAGGCAUCACUAGCUUGCUCAACGUGCCACGUGUAUGUGAACAGAGACCAUGUCGACAAGCUGCCAGAGCCUGACGAAAGAGAGGAUGACAUGCUGGACAUGGCCCCAGCGCUACAGGAGAACUCCAGACUUGGCUGUCAGAUCAUCCUCACCCAGGAGCUGGAGGGCAUCGAGCUUACCCUGCCUAAGGUCACCAGGAACUUCUACGUGGACGGCCAUGUUCCCAAACCACACUGAGGACACUACACUCCACACUAGCACCCUACUUAGUGUGAAGCAACGUAUUGGGCAUGCAUUCUAAGUAGUAUGCUAGUAUGGAUGUUGGAACACGGCCCCUCAGGACUGAGUCGUAAGAGAGAGAGUCGCUUGAAGGUUCCCUCCCAAGUCAAGAAUGCUCUUACAUAUCCACAUGACUGUGACCGAAGAAUAAGCUAUAUACCAGUCACUGGCUGCAUUUAGACAACGCCCCUGAUGGGAUUGGUCAAAAGACCAAUUAGUGGAAAAAAUAUCAGAAUUGGGCUGCCUGUGUAAACGCAGCCUCUGAAGUGUGUUGUAUAUGGCUCACACUGAAAGUAAUGCUGAUUGUGGAAGAGUUAGAUGGUUUUCAGCAUUCAUGUAUAAAUAUGUCAUGUGUAUAGAAGAGUUCUCAGGCCAAGAUUGAGAUGUCUAUCAAACCGUUCAAUGUCACACAGUUCUUUGUUUCAUAGUAACCUGAGUCAGCAUUUCAGAAAGGCCUGUUGUCAUUGCUACGCAAAUAACUUUGUGUCCUUGAAUAGAACAUUCCAUGUUACAACUCAUUUACAAAGGUCAACAUACACACAUCUCAGGUGGAGCUUCCAAAUAGUCUCUACAAUAAGAGCAUUCGCAUACAGCUAAUGAACAGGAUGUUAUGUGUACGUAUACAUGGCUUUCACCAUUAUAUCUACUUUGGGCCAGUUUCUAGGAAUUUUACUGUUGUGGGUGUGUGGUGACUAGUCAAGACCGUAACAAGCCCAUCCACAACACUGAAAGCCCUUUCCCUACAUCAAGCCUGUCAGGAAUCAUUAACCGUCUCUGAUGUAGCACUUUUGCAGUGUGUUUUGUAAGCAGAGGGCAGCUUGAGAUCGAUUGGAAUGGAAAGGGUUGAAUCUGUUAGAUAACUAAUGAUGCCAAGGAGAUACUUGGACUGCAUUCACACAGGCAGCCUCAUUUUGAUAUUUUUUUCCAAUCACAGAUCUUUGCACAUCAAAGCUGAUCUGAUUGGUCAAAAUGCAGCCUAAACCACUUGAAACUGACAGAUGCAUUUUGUCCAAUUCCCAAGUUGUUUCUGUCCAUCCAUACCCAGUAAUGAUUUGCCUUGUCAAUUCACCGUUAGUAGUCUCAACUGUCCAUCAAAAAACACCUGUAUCCAGUAUUAGUUGGCUCCUUUACAAACCUGGAAUGCUUUCACUUGUACUGUAAUUAAUGUGUCUGUCAUACGCACAAGACGUGUAGGUGUAUUAUGUAUAUAUGGUAUAUCUCAAAUUUGCAAGUCUAUUUUAGAUUUGUGCAAUAAAAAUACCAAAAGUU